AUGUCCAAUGAUGAGGGCUGGACCCGCGUCAAGCGUAAAUCCCGCCAAAAUCCUCCUAAAAAGAUACACACCGCCGAGGCCCAUCACCUUCCAGAGACCUUUACGCCGCGUACACACGGUCUUCUGCGACCUCCAAAAUCCUUGCGCGCCGACCACGACAAGAUUCGCGCGCAAUGGCUCGACUCGCCCGCCCAUGAAGCCUUGAUCCGCCUCGUCGACUCACACGCCCAAAGCUUGCACAUAGACAAGGCUGUGUGUCUCGGCAUCGGCACGUUUGAUCCGGAAGAUGGUGGGUGGGAGGCCAAGAGGGCGGCGUAUGUGCAGCUUUGUGCGCUGUCGACGCUUACAUCACAAUUAGAGAAAUAUAGCAAACACUCCAUCGAGUGCAUAUUCCAAGAACCAAUCUUCACAGACUCGGACAAGUCCUUUCUCACCUCUCUAGGUCAUCGUGUUGUCUCUUCCCCCGCGGCAUACUCACUCAUUGAUAAUGCCACCCUUCUCUUGGCCGUGCACCUUUACCGUCCCAUCUACGCGGCCGCUCUACAACUCAACUUGCCCGCCAUCUUCAUCGGUACAGGCUGGGAUGUCUGGGACACAGUAACAAUGGAACAUUCAAGUGAUUUGGACAAUAUGAAGAAAAUGCACAGCAUGUAUUCACGGCAUGCGUUUCCGCAGGACAUCACAAGUACGGCCUUUUCCAGCACCAGUAUAUAUUUUAUGCCGCCGCAAGACAAGUCAGUGGCUAUCCAGCACACGUCACAAGAGAGCACUACCGAAGAUGACGACGGGCACAGACGGCAGCAAUGA